AUGAGACAUGGUUUGCCUUCAUCAACAAACGUGAUGUUCCAUAUCUGCAAGCCCCUAUCAGCCCGCUAUCUCGAGUCCCUUCUGCAAGACGCUCCUCAACUGAGAUCACAAUACAACUAUAUCAUCGUGGGAGCUGGAACAGCAGGCAGUGUACUUUCCAAUAGACUAUCAGCGAUCAAGAGGGCAUCCGUCCUAGUGAUUGAGGCUGGUGGAAGGUGCGCAAUUGCAAUCCCUUUCCUAGGUGUCACUUUACCAAGGACUUCGGUUGACUGGAACUACACCUCGACGCCACAAGAAGGUUUAAAUAAUCGCAUCCUGCAGUAUGCUCAUGGCUACGUCCUCGGCGGAAGCAGCUCUAUUAAUUUGAUGACAUGGAAUCGGGGCUCAGAUGACACGUGGGAUCGCUUCGCAAAAAUUACUCAAGACUCGGGAUGGUCCUCAAAGUUGAUUCAGAAAUACUACCUCAGAAUGAGUGCGUCCAAAAUGGACCCUCUUGCUGACGGUCACGACACAACGGUCGAGUUCGAUCCUUCUGCACAUGGCAAUGGCCCCCUCGAAGUCAGUUUACCUGGAUUCCCGACCCAGCUAGAGGACAAGGUUUUCAGGACGAGCCAACGGCUUGGAGGAAGGUUUCGACGUACGGUAGAUUUGAAUGCAAGAAAGGCGGUCGGAACCAGCUGGAUGCAAUCGUCAAUCGGGCAUAGCAAGCGCAUCACACCAAUACUCGACCUUCCCAGCGUCGGACAGAACCUCACAGACCAGCCAUUCGUCCCAAGCUACUUUACUGCCAACUCCAACUUGACCUUCAACUCUGUUCUAAGGAAUCAAACUGUCUUCAACGCCAACCUAGAGCUUGGAGGUUCAUCUGCAGGACCUGGCUCAGUGCAUAUGGAAUUCAUCUUCAUCGAUGGGUUCGGAGCCUUUGGACCUCUUACCCAGCCUGCAACUAGAAAUUUCCUGACGGUAGCGUCAAUUGUUGUCUCUCCGCUUUCGCGUAUGUACUUGAUCUUCACUGCGUAUCGGAAAGUGCCUUACGCCCCAGCCUCAGGUGGCAACCUCUCACUCGCCACGACAAAUCCGUUCGACACUGGCGGUUCUGACGCACGAAUUCGAUGUUGGGGCCCUCGUUCAAUCGAUGAAGGACGCUCAGAAAUUUGUCUCCGCUUCUCCUUGGAAGAGCUCGAAGCCGCGCACGCGAGGAAGUUUUCGACUAUUUUCCACCAUCCCGCCGUCAAGGCUGCGGAGAUGUUGAGGAUUGUCGAUGCAUCAAUUUUUCCUGUCAUUCCUGUGGUACAUACGCAAGCUGCUGUGUGCACAGUAGCAGAGCGUGACGGAGAUCUCAUUCUCGGGUCUCUAUGA